CUGAAAGACACAGGUGGUGUGUGUUCUACAGGGAGAUGCCUGUUAGACUUGAAUCAGACUUUGGUGGCUGAGCAGUUUUGGGCACAGACAUGGGUUCCUUUGGUCACUGUAAAAAUGUGAGCAUCACACUUUUCCCCGCAGACACUUCCCAAUCUACAUACAGCCAAGGAAGGAGGUUGGUAGAGAGAACUUGAGCCUCCUCAGUCACCAGGAACUAUCACAUGACCAGAAGAUGGUCAGAGCAGGAACCAUGCUGAUGAUGGCACGGGCUUCCUUUUAUCUGAAACAAAGUUUCUGUGAGUAAUUCACAAUUAAGAAACAGAUUAAACCCUUGCUUUCAGAAGAUUCAUAAGAUUUCAAAAACAACUUUCCCUUUGACAAUCCCAAAAGGACUGUGGAAAACAAUGUAAACAACAACAAGGAAAAGUCCUGCUGAUUGGUGGGAACUUCGGAGGCCAGAUGUAUAAAAUGCCCAGAUGGGAAGGAGUCACCAGACUCUGGGAAACUCACCUCUGAAUAGGAGCCCACCGUCCACCCCUGACACCAUGACCCACUGCUCCUCCCCUUGCUGCCAGCCUACGUGCUGCAGGACCACCUGCUGCAGGACCACUUGCUGGAAGCCCACCUGUGUGACCAGCUGCAGCAGCACACCCUGCUGCCAGCCCUCCUGCUGUGUGUCCAGCUGCUACCAGCCUUGCUGCCGCCCAACUUGCUGUCAAAACACCUGCUGCAGGACCACCUGCUGCCAGCCUACCUGUGUGACCAGCUGCUGCCAGCCUUCCUGCUGCAGCACACCCUGCUGCCGGCCCACCUGCUGUGGGUCCAGCUGCUUUGGCCAAACCAGCUGUGGGUCCAGCUGUGGCCAGCCCAGCUCCUGUGCACCUGUGUACUGCAGGAGAACCUGCUACCACCCCACGUGUGUCUACCUGCCUGGUUGCCUAAACCAGAGCUGUGGAUCCAGUUGCUGCCAGCCCUGCUGCCGCCCAGCCUGCUGUGAGACCACCUGCUGCAGGACCACCUGCUGCCAGCCCACCUGUGUGACCAGCUGCUGCCAGCCUUGCUGCUGCUGAUCAGUUCCCAAAAGGACCAUCAUCCUCACAAGACAAUGUUCUGGCAACCUUCUGUCCUCCACUUGGAGGACAAAUUUCCUUUCAAACUUUGCUGACAACCAGCAUGUUCACUCUAAUUUUUAUGACUUCUCUGCAUGUUUAAAAUUUUCUGAGUGAGCUUGAUUGAGGGCAGAUUACUUCAGCCUGAUUCUCUCUUUCUUUACACUUUUUGGACCAUGAGCUAGCUUCAUGUAUUUUCAAUUUGGAGUCGUGGUCUCAGCUUGACUCUAAAAUCAAAAGCUUCAUUCUCUUUCUCUAAGAAACUUAGUUUUUGUAAGUGAUCAAUAAUCUUCACAGUCUUUUACAUUUUCAAUGUCCUCCUCAUGGCUCUUGUAUACUUCUUCUUUUCAUGAUUUCUUUUGGUUAUCUCCCUAGAAACAGGGAUUUUUGCCUAUAUAUAUCUUAAUAAACUCAAAGCCAUUCUUUAUCUUA